GGCGGAGGCAUCGGAGGCCUAGUCUGCGCCGCCGCUCUAUCUAAAGCCUCUGACAUUGAGGUCAACAUAUAUGAAGCUGCCCACCGAUUCAUGGGAAUCGGCGCAGGUAUCGGGAUGUAUCCCCAGGUGUGGAAUAUCGGUCAUGGAAUGGGCUUG